GGCCCGUUGUUUACCACAUAUAAAGUUGGAGAGACCAGCUGGCCGGAGUGGCAGUACGGUGGCUAACUUUAUACCUCGCAGACGUCGGAAUUCCGUAGCGGAUUACAUCAAAUCGGGAUAUUAUAAAUUAUUACAAAAUCAAUCAUAAAACCGCGAGUGGAUAUCGUGUAUAGCUGGCAGUGCAAAAAGACAAACCGAGAUAAAACCGAGAAAUAUGCGAAAUUUUCUAAUUGGCAUCGUGCUUUUGGCCCUGAUUUGGGUGGAGGUGGAUGCCCGUCUGGUGAGGGUCCGCCGGAUCCGGAGAUUGGUCGGCGCCAGUGAGCGGGAUGCACAGAUAACGGACUUCCGGGUUUCGCCCACGGAUGACGAAGGAGUGUUUAAGUACGCCUUCAAGACCAGCAAUGGGAUCGAUGUCCAAGCGGCAGGAUCGCCGCUGGAGACCAUUGGCAUCUAUAGCUACACCUCACCGGAGGGCGUUCCCAUCGAGACGCGCUACAUAGCCGAUGAACUGGGCUUCCAUGUAGUGGGACGUCAUCUGCCGCAGCCACCACCCACUCCGGACUAUAUCCUGCGAUCCUUGGAGUACAUUCGCACCCACACCGAGGAUGGCAAGCUGAAGAAGCCGCACUUCUUGUGAAGUUCCUGAUUAGAUCCUAUCCAUCAUACACAUCGACUUGGAUGCAAGUGUCCGUGAAGAAGGCUGACCAUACCAUAGCAUGUACUAAUCACCAACUAAAAUUAGUAGCAUAAAACUUAAGACCUAGACUAAGUUGUUGCUAGAUGUUCUAAGAUCUUCGAAAUACGCAAAUGUUUCUUGUCCUCGGGCUGUUCUGCUUGGGUUAUAAAUCAAUCGAUCCAUCCAUCCAUCGAUUCUUUCUCGCCGGAAUUUAUGGUCUUCGCGCCCAUAAAGAGCAAACAAUGGGGCUCGCCCAAACACAAAACACAAAGUAUCUCGGGUGACCCCAACGAAUUCUAGCUUGUUAUCCCAUUAACUGCGAACAGCUUUAUUUGUCUGCGUGUCUGAUUAAUAUUUACGUCUAUUCUCAGAUAUGGAAAUUUGAAAACUGGAUGGAAAAGAGUCGUGGCUCUGUUUGGGCGACCUUUCGAUGGCUUAAUAAUAAAUGGAUAUUUUUUCCGGGUUUAAACACCCCUAUUCAAAAGAGCCUCUCGGGCAGCAUUUGCAAAAUUUCGACCAAGUUCGGCUCACUCGAAUUUAAAAACGACCUAACAUAAAUUUUAAGCGAAAUAAAUGCCGCAAAUUGCGAAAACCUUUGUUGAA